AUCAAAACCCUGCCUCAGGCUUUUGCGUGUGCGCCACAGCAGCCUUGCAGCACCAGCCACUCCAACUUUUUUUCUUCGAGAGUCGGCUCCAAUGCGAAGCUAGCCGGGCCUCUGGGGGUCAAUCUCGGCGCAACAAUCGCAAGUCAAGAACGUCACGAUUCCUGGUCAAUUCACUGCAAGCUUUCUUCAUUUCACAAGAACAAUUCUUAUCCAGUCAAAACUAUUGACCUGAGAAUACCAUACGAAAUCAUGGAGUCCACAACUGUCAAGAAUGCCGUCAUGAAGCAGGUCCUCCAGGAGGCAAACCUGGCCAACGCCCGCGUCCUAAUUGAGAAACUCCAAGAGAACUGCUUCGAGAAGUGCGUGCCCAAGCCCGGCAGCUCCCUGUCCAGCGGCGAGACGACCUGCAUGACCUCGUGCAUGGAGAAGUACAUGUCGGCAUGGAACCAGGUUAACCAAGCCUAUAUUGCCCGGAUAAAGCAGGAGUCCAGCAACCCCAGCUUGUAAAUCGGCUCAGAAAUAAUGAGAAUACCGCAAUAGAGGAUAUAGGAGGGUGUGCAUUCGUGUACGAUUACUGUACAACAAUACCGAAAAGGGGAACUUUGUCAAGUCCAAUGGAGAGAAUCAGGCCAAGGAGGAAUUUUCUGAAAUGGGGAAACCCCUCCUGAUGGCGGAGUGAUGCAGCAUACUGCGUCAGGGAAUCGCACAUCAACGAAAUGUACACAAGAUUCGCAUCAAAGAGCAUAACGAAUGGAAAGGGGCCUACGCUUGAGACACGUUGCUGCGCCGCAAAGAGGGACAGAGACGCAUAUAGAGAAAAAGAGCCGUUUCAUGGUUCUCAGGGUAUCUUGUAGAGGUAGAAAUCUUUACUCCGCCAG